AUGGGGAGGUUGUUCAUGAAUUCCCUUUCAUUCUACUUUUACUUUUCUUCUCUCUUUCUUGCCCUCUCUUUUCUUAAUUUCUCUUCUCUUAUUUUUCUUUUUUCUUCCUCUAUUUUCUUCUCUUUUACUUUCUCUUCUCCCUUCCUCUUCCUUCUUUCUCAUUUCCUAUACAUUUUUCCUUCAUCUUUUAUUCUUUUUCUCUCUCCUUCACUUUUCUUCUCACUUCCUAUCAUUCUUUUCUUUUUUCUCUUCCUCUUUCCCUUUCUUCUUUCAUCCUCUUCAUUCUUCUAUCUUCCUCUCUUUUUUCCUUCUAUUUUUAAAAAUCAAUCAUUCCUUUUCUAUCCCAAAAAUCUUCUUCAUUCUUCUAUUUUGUUUUCUUCUUUUGUUUCUCUUUUUUUUCUUUUUAUACAUCUUUUUUUUUUCAUUUUAUCUUCUGCUUUCUCCUCUUUCUCUCUCUCAAUUGUUUUCUUUCUCAUUUUCAUUUUAUCUUCUGCUGUCUCUUCUCUCUUUCUCCCUGUCUUUUUUUUUUCAUUUUAUGUUCAGCUUUUCCCUCUCUUUCUCACACUGUCUUUUUUCGUUUUAUCUUUUGCUUUCCCCUCUCUUUUUUGCAAUCCUUUUUCAUUUUAUCUUCUGCUUUUUCCUCUCUCUCACUCGUUCUUUUUCUUAUCUUUUGUUUUUCUCUUAUUCAAACUUUUUCUCUGUUUAUUAUGUUACUUUUCCCUCUUUUCUUUUUUUUUUGUCAUUUUUUUUACUUUCUCUCCAUUCCUGCUUUUUCUCUAUUUUUUUCCAUUCUUGACUUUUUCUCUUCUUGCCUCUUUUUUUAACCCCUCUCCUUCUUCUCUCUUCUGUUUCUCUCAUCUCUUCUUUCACUUCUCUCUUUUUCUUUCCUUAAAAUCUCCCACCUUUUCUUAUUUCCUCAUCAUUGCGCCCCCCCAUCUUUUCGUCUUACUCUGUUUUCUUUUUAUAUUAUCUUUACUCUCUCUCUCCUCAUCCUAUUUUUCUCCAAGACCAUCUCUCCCUUCUUUCUGCUAUCUUUUCCUUUUUUCCCUCCUCUUUCAUCAUCUACACUCUCCUCCCACUCACUGUCUAACAUUUCCUGUUAAAUCAGCUAAUUUUGAUCAAAUGUCAAACCUAGUAGCUGAUCUGUAUUUGCUGUCAUUUAAUCUCUUCUAUCACCUUCUCUCUACACCACUCUCUCUCUCUCUCUACACCACUCUCUCUCUCUCUCUACACCUCUCUCUCUCUCUCUACACCUCUCUCUCAUUUUCUAUACUUUCUUUUUUUUACUCUGAUCCUCUUUCUUUCCAUUUCUUCUUCUUCUUCCUGCUUUUUGAAUCCUUUUAUUUUCUUUCUCUUUCCAACUGUUUCUAUUUUUUUUCCUUUUCCAUUUGUUACUUAACCUUUUCUUUCUUUUUCAACCUGCAUAAAUUGUUGAUUUUGAUUCUUUUCAUCGUCAUUGUCUUUUUGAUCUUUUUCAUCAUCAUUGCCUUUUUUUAUUCUUUUCAUCGUCAUUGUCUUUUUUUAUUCUUUUCAUCAUCAUUGCCUUUUUUUAUUCUUUUCAUCAUCAUUGCCUUUUUUUAUGCUUUUCAUCAUCAUUGCCUUUUUUUAUGCUUUUCAUCAUCAUUGCCUUUUUUUAUUCCUUUCAUCAUCAUUUCCUUUUUUAUUCUUUUCAUCAUCAUUGCCUUUUUUUAUGCUUUUCAUCGUCAUUGCCUUUUUUUAUGCUUUUCAUCGUCAUUGCCUUUUUUUAUGCUUUUCAUCAUCAUUGCAUUUUUUUAUUCUUUUCAUCAUCAUUUCCUUUUUAUAUUCUUUUCAUUGUCAUUGUCUUUAUUCUUUUCAUCGUCAUCAUCUAUUUUUUAUUCUUUUCACUGUCAUCGCCUUUUUUAUUUUUUUAUCGUCAUUGCCUUUUUUAUUUUCAUCAUUGUGUUUUUUUCUUUUCAUCAUCAUCAUUUUUUUUUUCUUUUCAUCGUCAUUGCCUUUUUUAUUUCUUUUCAUCGGCAUUGCCUUUUUUAUUUCUUCUGA